UGGUACGAUACAUGGAUGCUUGAGUUAUUGUACCAUCAGACAAACAACCACUGUGAAGAGCUGUAAAGGGAAAACACCACUGUUGUUGUAGAGACCCACCUGGAAUUAAGCCACCGCCAGCUCUAUAUAGGCCAUGCACGCACUGUGUUGGCAGCAGAGAAAUUAUGCAAAGUUGUCUGCCAGCACAAGUUAACAACACCCAAGUAUAAGAUAAGAAUCUUGCAAGUGUAGUGAUAAAAGCAAGCAGAGAAGGAGAUCAAUGUACCAGAGAGACUAUUCAAAAGGACUAAAACAUCAAUUCAAUGAAUGAUGAGGAUGAAGACAAGUCGCAAAAUUUGGUGAAAGCAUACGGGGGUGAAAUUUUGAGUAAAUGCAGAUGCAAGGUCUAAUAAUUAAGAGUAACCAGCCAACUCGGAGAGUACUUCCUUUGUUUCAAGUUCUUAGAUCGAUCGUUACUCUUUUUCCAGCGAACUGGAAGAGAGAAAACACUUGCGGAGAUCGACCCUGUGCAAUCUGAUAAACAAGAAGGUUCUCUUCUCAUUUAUCUUUCAUUCAUCCCCCCCCCCCCCCCCCCCCCGGGUCUGCUUCAUCAAUAUUUUGCUGGGAAAAUAUGGCGGAAACGGUGGCAACAACCGUGGUCGGAAUGGCUGCUGAAAAGGGGAUUCAAGCAAUCGUGCAUCAAAUCGGUUACUGCAUUCAUUACAAGAGAAAUGUGAAGAGUCUUGAUGAAAAAGUGAAAGCUCUGCAAGAUAUGAGAAAAAAAAUAGAUCAGAGAGUCAUUGAAGAUAAGAAGAAUCUUUACUCGAUCAAGAAUGAUGUAGAGAUCUGGCUAGAAAAAGUGAAGAAAGAAGUGGAGGUGGAUGAGAUUAAGGAGGGGUUAUUGAAUUUCACCAACGGCGAGGAAGCAAGAAUGUUCAAUCAUGACCAAUGCUGCAAAGGUUGGUGUUGUCUCCUCAGUCGCCACAAAAUUGGUAGAAAAGCACAGAAGAAGAUUGCCGUUAUUGAAGUUCUUUUUAAUGAGGGGAAGAGCUUUGAUGGUGUUGUUUCAUAUUCUUGUGGAAAUCGGGUUAACGCUAUAAUUAACAAUUUCGUUAGUAUAGAUGGUUAUAUAGAUUUUGAAUCAAGAAAAUCCAUUAUGAAGGAGAUCAUGUCAGCACUGAAGGAUAAAGAAAUUUAUUCAGUUGGUAUAUAUGGGAUGGGAGGUGUUGGCAAGACCAUGCUGAAGAAUCGGGUUCACAAACAAGUGGUUCAAGAGAAUCUUUUUAAUAUUGUCGCAACAACAACAGUUUCUCAAAAUCUCAGUGUCAAAAAGAUUCAGGAUGACAUUGCACAAAUUUUGGAAUUUAAAAAACUCAAUGAAUUUGAUGAUACAACCAUUAGAGCGGCUUUGUUAUUGGAGCGACUAAAACAAGAGCAAAACAUACUUGUGAUCUUGGAUGAUUUAUGGGAGGAAGAUCUAAAUCUGAUUACUCAUGUGGGUAUCCCUUGCCGUUCUAAAGGUUGUAAAGUAUUGAUUACAACAAGAAAUCUUGAAGUGUGUAAUUCAUUGAUGAUUCAAAAACAUGUAAAACUUGAAAGAUUAUCCGAAGAAGAAUCAUGGAAUUUAUUCAAGCAGAAUGUUGGGGAUGCGGUUGAUUCUUCAGCUCUACGAAAACUAGCUAGAAAGGUAGUCAAAGAAUGUGGUAACCUGCCUUUAGCACUUGUUACUGUUGGUAGUGCCUUAAAGAAAAAAAGGGACACGUCUGAUUGGAAUUUUACUGUUAAGCAACUAAAAAGGUCUGAUUACAAAGAUAUUACACGAAUGACAUCCAAAGUCUAUACUCCAAUCAAGCUGAGUUAUGAUUUUUUGAAGAGCGACUACAUACACAAGAGAUGCUUUUUGUUAUGUUGUUUAUUCCCCGAAGACUACAACAUUAAUGUUGUUGAUUUACUGAUUUAUGCAAUUGGUGAUGAGGUAAUACGUAGUGGUUUGGAGUUAUUGGGCGAGGUGAGGGUUAGAUUACAGAAUGCGUUUACCAGACUUGCAGCAUUGGGUUUGUUAAUAGGGGACAAGGAAUUUACUGAUAAACCAUUUUCAACAAAAAUGCAUGACAUAGUUCGUCAUGUGGCCAUAUCAAUUGCAUCCAAAGAUGACGAACGGUUCUAUGUAAAAGUAGGCUUGGAUUUUCAGAAAUGGCCGGAGGAGUUAUCGUCGAUCAGUAAUAUCUCACGAUUAUCACUGAUUGAUAAUAAUAUUACUGUGCUCCCAGAACAGCCAGAACUUCCACAUCUCUUAAGCUUAUCUUUGAGAAAUAAUAGAUCCUUAGAGAAGAUCCCAGAAAAGUUUUUUACAAAUAUGAAGGCACUCCAAUCUCUUGAUAUAAGCAGAACUUGCAUUUCAGCAUUUCCUUCAUCAAUUAUAUCUCUUGUCAAUCUUCGGGCACUUGAUAUGUGUUUCUGUCGGUUUUGUGGGCAACUAGAUAUUUUGGGAGAAUUGAAGAAGCUCGAAAUUCUUAAUUUAAGAGGUUUGGCAUUUUAUAUCGGCCCCUUACCCAGAGAAAUAGGGGGGUUGUCCCGUUUGAAGUGGUUAGAUCUAUCAAGUAACAGUGGACUUACUGUUCCUCCAGGUAUCAUAUCAAGACUGACUUGUUUGGAAUACUUGAACAUGAAAGACAGCUUUCAACGGUGGGAGGUUGGAGAAAGUAGAGGUAAAAGUUGCAGGUUCGCUAAUCUAGAUGAAAUAGCAUCUUUACCGUGCUUAAAUCAUCUGGAGUUGGAGGCAGUAUGGGACGAUGGAAGUCUUAACAUGUCUAAUAGAGGGACACACAUGUGGUCUGAUUCUCUACGUUGUUCUCUAAGGGGGACAUUUCCAUUCUGCAACUGGAUCCAUGAGAUUGUGGCAAAAGCUGAAGUCGUCACCUUGGUUGGCUGUUCUAAUCUCAAGUAUUUGAGAUCACCUGUUACAAGCAGUAGAGAUUCUGGGUUUAAUAACAUCAAGCGUCUUGAGGUUUCGGAUUGCCCGGAGAUGGUAUGUGUUUUAAAUUCAAGUACUCUGGUAAAUGAGGAGAUCCCUGAUGCAUUAUUCACUGCAUUGGAGGUACUAAGCUUAAGAUCUUUGGGAAACCUGAAAGAGAUAUUUCAUGGCCCAAUGCCAGCAGGGUUGUUGUCACUGGAGAAUCUAAAGCUUGUGGCACUAUCCAACUGCCCCAAUUUGGUCUGCCUAUUUUCACUUAAGGUGAUGGUUAAGUUGAAGAAUAUGGAAACGCUUGACGUGAAAGAUUGUGAAGGAUUGAAGAAGGUAUUUGAUGGCCCAAUGCCAGCAGAGUUCUCAUUAGAGAAUCUAAAACGUGUACAAAUAUCCAAUUGCCCAAAUUUAGUCUGCGUAUCUUCUCUUGAGGUGUUGGUUAAGUUGAAGAAUCUGGAAAUACUCCAGGUGAGUGAUUGUCUCAGGUUGAAGGAGAUAUUUUCUUUGGAAGACCGAAUCAGGGUAGUUGUUGGCUCAAAUGAUGGUGUUACCUGCUUGUUGCCUCAGUUACGAGAAUUGCUGUUAAAAAAUCUUCCUAUGAUCACAAGAAUAUGGAGUCAGGAAAUCUUCAGCCUUGGAAACUUGAAAUCAGUAAAAGUUAUUGACUGCCAUAAAUUGAAGUAUUUGUUUACUCCAGGUAUUGUGACUUCUCUUCAACAUUUAGAGAUACUUAGCACUAUAAAUUGUAGCAGCUUGGUGACAAUAGUAGCCACAGAGGAUGAAUUCACAGAGGAAGGAAAUCAAAUUAUGAAUAAUCAUUUCCAAACAAUAAUGAUACUCCCUAAUCUUCGGAUCUUCGAAAGCAAAUUCUGUAACAGUUUAAAGGUUUUGCGUUCAGAUUUCCCGCCGGAAGAAAAAGAUUAUGCAGACUGUGAUGAGAAACGAGUUUUGGUUCUUCGAGGUGUACUGUUUAUGGAAGAAAUUUGGGGUGGAUUCAUCCCAGUUAAAAUCUUUCUUGUCAAUAUAACUGAUGCCAGAAUCGAUGACUGUGGAUGGCUGAAGCACCUGAUCCCAGCACAAGUUUUGCUCAGCGGUUGUCUAUCUCAACUAAGAAAACUUCAAGUAAGUAACUGCGAGCGUUUAGAGGCGAUUAUUUAUACUGAUGAUGAUAUAGUAGUCGCUGUUCCGCAAUACAAGUUCAUUCUUGAGAAUCUAGAGAUGCUUACCAUAUGGAGAUGUGAAAGCUUAAAGCAGGUCUUACCUUUGAAGUUACUGGUACAAGGUGGUAUACCCAAACUAGAGAUGAUAGAGGUUGCUGAUUGUGCAGAAAUAAAGAUGAUAUGUUACCAAGACCCAAGUAGUGAUGAUGACGACCAUGAUGAUGAUGACGACGAAAUUGAAGAAACGGUGGAAGUGUUUCCAAAAUUAAGUUAUCUAGCUCUAUAUCAUCUACCAAAGCUUACUAGUCUGCACCAACAGAGAAACACAUUGAUUAAUUUUGGUUCAUUGGUAUCUCUGCACAUCUCUCAGUGUAAAAAUCUUAAGAGGCUGCCUUUGAGUCGCACGAAUGUCCCACCCAAGUUGAAAGUGAUUUGGGUAGAUGGUGAACAAGUGUUUGAGAAGUGGUUGGAGUCGGAAGAUGAGAUUAUGAAAUCAAGCCCACGUCGACUCUUGUUUACGGAUCCUUUUCCGAAUUUCUGGGAUAUGAGUUCUAUAUGAUAUGAGUUUUAGAAAGAGGUAACACAACCAAUGAUUUGGUCUCUACUCCGAUGCAAGCCCCACGAAUGUGGUAUAUCUAAGCAAGCAUUUGGGUGAUGGAUAUGCAGACUCUGCAUUUCAAAGGUUUGAUAUUUAUAGGUCGUAAUCCGAGAUGGUGACAAUCUGUAGGUCGCCCCGAGACAUGUUCAUGGUAGUUAAACUCUGAAAUAUUUGUUUCUCAGUUGAUCAUAGAUAGGUCUUUCACAGGUGAUUUUCCAUUUUUAUUUUGUUUGUUUGCUUAUUUGUCACCUUUCUUUUUUAAUUGAUGAGAAAUUUUUGGCG